AUGCUCUCUGCGUACUGUAACUACGGGGAGCGGGUCGGGGCUGGAGCGCCCGUCUAUAUGGCGGCCGUGCUGGAGUACCUGACGGCCGAGAUCCUGGAGCUGGCGGGCAACGCGGCCCGCGACAACAAGAAGACGCGCAUCAUCCCGCGCCACCUGCAGCUGGCCAUCCGCAACGACGAGGAGCUCAACAAGCUGCUGGGCAAGGUGACCAUCGCGCAGGGUGGGGUGCUGCCCAACAUCCAGGCCGUGCUGCUGCCCAAGAAGACCGACAGCCACAAAGCUAAGGCCAAGUGA